AUGGCAAUGUCGUCUCUAAGGAAACAUAUUCACAAGGAUUAUAUCAAGCGCGCACAAGCCUAUAAUCAAAAGAAGCAGGCUUUACAGAAACUUAAGCGAAAGGCAGCAUUGAGGAACCCAGAUGAGUUUUAUUUAAAGAGGAUCAAAACAAAAAAAUUUGGUGUAUUCUACAAGCUCAAGAGACGGACAAAUAAGUACCCAGAAGAUGAUCUGGAAUAUAUUUUGCUGAAAAAGGAAUUAAAAGAAAUAGAUGUGGAACUGGAAGAGAUAAAUCUUGAGCGGAAAGAGGUAAAUUUGAAGCUGGAGAAGGUGAAGCUGGAGAAGGUAAAUCUGGAGCUGGAAGAGGUGAAUGCUGAUAUUGAAGUCAUGACGAGCGAAGCAGAAGAAUUGAGGAAAUUAUUAUAUGAUUUACGGAAACGCAAGGAAAACGCAACGGUCGAGAACCCAAGUCAAUUUAUCAAUGAUGGAGUCCUUACGGAAACUCAAGGGAUAGGUGGCUCUUAG